AUGAAUAUGAACGAGAAGCUACAACUUGAAGAUGGUAUAGAGGAGGCCAAUGCAAAAAGUUUUAGAAGCUUAGUAGAAGGUUUAAUUUAUUUAACUGAAAUUAGGCCAGAUAUUGCAUUUUCUGUUGGCAUAAUUUCCAGGUUUAUGCAAAGUCCCACAAAACAUCAUUUGGGAGCAACAAAAAGGAUCCUACGAUAUAUUGUUGGAACUACAAAUUAUGGAAUUUGGUAUACACAGGUUUCCAACUUCAGCUUGUGUGGUUUCACAGAUAGUUAUUGGGCAAGUUUGUUGGAUGAUAGAAAAAGUACUUCAUCAAGUGUCUUCAAUCUUGGGUUGGGAGCAAUCACAUGGAGUUCACGGAAGCAAGAUACAAUAACGUUGUCUUCUUCAGAAGUGGAGUAUGUUACAACAUCUUCAGCAGCCUGUCAAGCAGUCUGGCUUAAAGAAUUCUUGUAG